GCCCAGUACGCGUCCACGCAGCUCCUCUACCCUCCUUGCAGUUUCCAGAUGCAACCACAGAAACUCAAGGACUAGCUCCAUGCAGGAAUAAAGUUCACGGAUUACACUUUUCUUGCGUGGAAGCGCAGAUUUGUACCAUGAAAGAGCAACUUCUGAAGUUUUUCUGCCUCAUGCCAGAACACUGAAUUGAUUCUUUUUUUAAAUUAUUCUUUUAUUAUUAUCAUUAUUAUUAUUUAUCUACAUUUUUCACUUGGGACACAUGGACUGAUGAGAAGUUUUCACAACUUGGAAUAAUGAGUGACUCCUCCUGGAUUCAUCUUCAUCUGGGGAUUUAACAGUCGUUUGAGAAAAAAGAAACUUUGUAUGGUACAUUUCUCAAAAGCUAUGGAGUUUGCUUUGCGAAUUCACCUUUUUACAGCUUUUGUCUCCUGUAUUAAGGUUUAUGCUCAAGAGGUAAAACCUGCAAAGCAUCCAGGCCUGCAGGUGUUGGCCACAGCCUCACAUUAUUGGCCUCUUGAUGCUGUGGACGGAAUCCAUGAACUGUGGGACCAGAUUGGAAACAGACCAGGUUAUGUUAACGGAAGCAACAUAACUCUCAGAAUCCACAACCACACUGUGCUCCCUUCCUCCCAUAACUCUUCCUAUGUGUAUACCAAUGACUCUGCCUACACUAACAUUUCUGCAACAGUAGACAUUGUUGAGGGAAUGGUCAACAAGGGCAUCUUUCUGAAUGGAGAUAACGGCGGCACCUUUCUCCACUUUGGAAACUACCAGAACUCUUGCAUUAGUGACCCUACUUUCUGUGGUCCUGAGGGGAUUACCUUCUCCUUUUUUUGGAAAAACCACGAGCCAGAGUCCCGUUUUGCCGUAGCCUCUGGAGGGAAAGUUAUCUCCAACGGCUUCUCCGUCUACAGCAAUCCCUACGGAGGAUAUGUGGAGUUUUACACUCGAGGCAACAACCACAGAUGGAAGGCCAACAUCGUAGUUCCAGGACCUUUCUGGACCCACGUUCUCUUCACGUGGACGAAAAUGGAUGGUCUGAAGGUCUACAUCAAUGGGACCCUCACCGCUAAUGACCCAGCUGGCAGCGUCUCAGAGAACUACGGCGACGCUUACCCCGACCUCGUCAUCGGAACCGGCAACGGCAGGACGUAUCGUCACUACGUCACAGGGGCCUUCGAUGAGUUCGUCAUCUGGGAAAGGGCCCUUCCACCUCACGAGAUCUCGCUCUACUACAGCGCCGCCAUAGGUCAGGCCAUAGUUUCUGCCACAACACCCCAGGCCUCCAAAGGAAUCACUUCAACUACGCCAACAGUCACAGCCACCGUAGUGAGUCCUCCUAUCGUCAUCAACCAGCACGACCCGGUCGAAAGCUCCCAGGACCCGCAGUCCAUGCCUGUGUUGGGCUUCUUGAAGGCGCUACCCAAUAGGACCAUUCCUCACAACACUGCCAACAACCUCACACAGGCUUUUCUCAAAAGUGUGGAAGAAGUGCUGUCCUCUCCAGGCCUGCCAGAGCAGCAGUCCACCCCUGUGGUCAGCGGGCUGAUCGAGACAGUGGACAGAGUGAUGGAACAUAUGGUGACUAACCUGGAGCCCAGCCGGAGCUCUCUCAUCUCCCUGGGUGGAACAUCUUUUGUUGCAGAUUACUCUCUGAUGAAAUUCCCGCAGAACUACAACCUGUCACAUUACCGCUUCCCCACAGAGGGCAAGAGCUACAUCUCCGUGCCCGGAGAGGCUUUCGCCAUGCAGUCUCAAACCACCAUCGUCGGCCUCUUCUACCACAACAUGCACAGCUACUACAAAGAGAUCAGCCCCGUCAAGACGAGGAUUAACGAAGCAGCCGAUUUCAAGGAUCACAAGAUCCAGGUAGCGAGCUGUCUCAUCUCUCUGAAAGUGGAGCCGUCACCGGCCCUGUCCAUCAACCUCUCGGGAGCGCCACUCAUCAAGAUUGUCCUCACCCACAUCCUGACUAAAGAACAGCAAGAGCAAGUACUAAAUCAGAGCAAUAAAGUCUUCCUCUACUGCGCCUUCUUGGACUACAGUUCAAAUGAGGGAAUAUGGUCCAAUGAAGGAUGCGUGCGCUCCGAUGGAAACAUGACGUACUCUGUGUGUCUGUGCAACCACCUCACCAACUUUGCCAUACUCAUGCAAGUGGUGCCCAUAAAGCUCACCACCGGCCACAGGGUGGCACUGUCAACCAUCGGUUACGUUGGCUGCUCAAUUUCCAUCAUCUGUCUCGCCAUCACUCUGGUCACUUUUGCAGUUCUGUCCUCAGUCAGCACCAUCCGUAACCAACGCUACCACAUCCACGCCAACCUGUCCUUUGCCAUCCUGGUGGCUGAGAUCUUACUGCUCAUCAGCGCUCGCUUCGACCCGGGCACGCUGCCUUGUAAGGUGAUGGCUGUCCUGCUUCACUUCUUCUUUCUGAGCGCCUUCGCCUGGAUGCUGGUGGAGGGUCUCCACCUCUACAGUAUGGUGGUGAAGGUGUUCGGCUCCGAGGGCAGCAAACACUUCUACUACUACGGCAUCGGAUGGGGCUCUCCGUUUGUGAUAUGUGUGGUGUCCAUGACAUCAGCUCUGGACAGUUACGGCGAGGUUGACAACUGUUGGCUUUCCCUGAAGAACGGAGCCAUCUGGGCGUUUGUGGCACCAGCUCUGUUUGUCAUUGUGGUGAACAUUGGCAUUCUGAUAUCUGUGACCAGGAUCAUAUCUCGAAUCAGCGGAGAGAGUUACAAGGUCCACGGAGAUGCCAAUGCAGUCAAGUUGACCGUAAAAGCAGUGGCUGUGCUCCUUCCUAUUCUCGGCAUCUCCUGGAUCUUUGGCGUUCUUGCCGUCAACACACACUCAUUGGCGUUCUUAUAUAUUUUUGCUGUAUUCAACUCGUUACAAGGUUUCUUUGUCUUCUUGUUUCACUGUCUUCUCAACUCUGAGGUCAGAGCUGCUUUCAAACAUAAAACCAAGGUGUGGUCUCUCACCAGCAGCUCCAUCCGAAACAUCAAUGUGAAGCCAUUCAACUCUGACAUUAUGAAUGGAAACAAAGAGGGCGUGACUCCCACCAAGAUGAACACAUGGGACAAAAGCACCAACUCAGCCAAUCGCAUCGACCUCUCCGCCGUGUAGAACCGCACACCGUCGCUUCUGUCUGCGGCCAGGAGAGCAACAUCUGAAGCUCACUAGUGCAGGAUGACAAACACUGGCCAGAUUAUUCUUCCCACUAUGUUACGUAACGAAUUGGACACUCAUCCGCUCAAGUGAAAGUGACACCAAAAGGAGGUGUUGAGUAGCUGAAUAAUAUCUUUUUAAAAGACAAACAGACUCUGAGGACUGUGCCUUAUUAUUGUCUCAUAAAACAUAUUGUGUCCCCAAAAAAACAAGAGCAGGGAUUUCCGAGGAGGUCAGUGAAGUGACAGAGAGUGUAGUUCAGGGUCUGUCAGUGGCAGUCUGUGAGGUGGAGCGUCUCCAUUUGUCUGUUGCAUUGUCCAUCAGUUGAUUUACUAACUGGUUUAUUUAACAGAGUAGUGUAAUAUUUUGGAAAAUGAGCUUAUUUGCUUUCUUUUCUGAGAGUUAGAUGAAAAGAUUGAUAGCAAUCUCAUGUCUGUACGCUACGUAUGGAGCUACCGCCAGCAGCUAGUUAGCUUAGCUUAGCACAAAGACUGGAAACGGGGGGAAACAGCUAGCCUGGCCUCUUUUUUUCUGAAGCUAUUUUCUGGAAGAAGUCAAAUUUUCGGCAGUAAAAUUGUCGCUGGGGUAGAAAGUACCAGACUCCCUUAGAAAAUCAUUGAGUUUUAUGAGUUGUUGCAUUUGGGGAAACUUAAUCAACUUUGUGAACCGCUGUUUGUAACAAAUUCUUAAUUAUUUCUCCCCGACUUCUGCUCUCUAUCUUCGUUUUUUUCUGUCUUUUGCAGCAGCAGUUCCCCCCCGAAAUAUGGCCAAGUUUGGCACAUAGCAUAGCACGCCAUCACCCACCACCUGGGCGCUCGUCCAGACUGCCCAUAUGGUAGAUCCGGGCCAGCUAAAGCCCAUUUAAUCAACUGUGUUAUCUCUCAUUUAUUUAAUCUGAAAUGAAUCCGUGCUAAACUAUGCUAAGGUAAUCUGCUGAUGGCUACAGCUUCAUAUUUACACACAAAUAAGCUUAUUUCCUAAAAUGUCACAUUUUUCCAUUAAAUCAAAGAGGAAUGUUUUGACCUGUAAUUUUUCCUCACUUAAUAAAAUCUUAUUUAAUUCACUUGUUGAAAAUGUAACAUAUUAAAAAUUAAGAUAAGUAUUUUUAGGGUAUGGUUGGGUACACUGUAAAACCUGACAACACAUAACUAAGUUAAUAUAAACUAAUCUACAUAAAUUAAACUAAAAAAUUAAUUGUUGAAGCAACUCAGUUGUUUUAAUGGACUUAAAUACAGGUGAUUUAAUUCCAGUUUGUUCCACUGACUCAUUUUCUUGAAGUAGACUUUAUAUAAUUAUAUAAAUAUAAACAUUAUAAUGCUGUAUAGCUCAGGAUUUAUAUUUUCAGUUUAUUUAUCGUCAUAAACCCAAGUAUGCAACCAAAUAAUCCUUAAUGAUCACCCCAAAGUGUAAAGAUUUCAUGUUUGUCACAUUAAAAAACAGAAAAUUAAUUUUAACAAUCAAUUAAUUAUAACUUGUGCAUGAGCUGUUUUGACAGGUAAUGUAAUAAUUUGCUUUUAGUGGAAGAAAAUUGAGUAAAUUCAACUUAACAUUUGUAUAAAAAAGAUGCAUUUAAGUGACUUUAAUCAGAUAAAUUCACACAUUUUAAAUAAGUUUGGAUUAACUGAAUGGUUAAUUAUUAUUAAUUAGUACAAAUUAACUUAAUUUACCCUGAAGUUACCUUAACAAUAAACACUUGACUUACUUCUACUCGUCAGGUUUUACAGUGUACAUAAACUCGGAUAGAAAAAGACCAAGAAAAAACAAUAUAUUUCCCUUAAAUAAAGUGUUUAAAAUCACAAAGAAAACAAAAAACCCUACUUGCUUCUUUUACCUGGAUGAAUUCUCCGAGAUUCGUCCGAUUCAUGCAGCUUUAAUCCAACUUUUGGGGGACGGCGCAACACUACAACUAGCAGUGUAGCAGUGAAUUAAAUCCCGUAUGUAAUUCAGAUGUAAUGUAUUUAUUUAUUUUGUGAGUUCUGUAUCAUGUCUUCUGUGUCACGGCUCAACAAAUCAGUAUGUUAAAACUCUUGUUUGUGUGUUAUUUCUCUCUCUCUCUCUCUCUCUCUCUCUCUCCUCCUUUAAAAUGAACUGAAUGGUGUAUUUGUGGUAUGUUAUGCUUUUCUGAGGAAUAGUGAAUACUGGUUGUGAUUCUGGACACAAUUCUGUGAAGCUUUACGGUGUCUUUUAGUUAUUUCUUUUUACAUUUUCAUCCAUUUUUUAAAUUUUUUUUUGUUACACUUAAAUAUGAAGUAAUGUUCUGCAACAGAGGGACUUGAUCAUUAUUAUUUUUUUCCUUAACAUACUGUGAGAAUGGAGGGAGAUGACGUAUUUUUUUAAGAUGUCAUUGAUCUUACACUGUACCAACAUUACGUUUCCUAAAAGACAGGAUUUACUGUAAGUCACUCUGCGCUCACUUUUCAUGUCAGAUUUUAAAGUUUAAAUAUUUCAGUAUUUCUGUGCUUGUUGCCUUAAAUGAUUGUUGUCUUUUAUGGUACUAUUGUUUGUGCUUCCAAUUAUCUUUAUUAUAAAAAAUGUUAAGGACAAGAAAUCCGUGUGAUCUUUAUUAAAUGAUUUUUACCAAUA